AUGGAGCGUGUUUUAAUAGAUAAUGAACUUAAUAGUACCCGUGACGAAGAAGACGAAGACCUUUCAAGCCUGAUUCACUCAUACCCCAACAACAAAAACGAGGUCGUUGAAGUCUCCCCAAAGGGACGAUUUUUCAGAGUAAGCCUUAUAUAGUUCAAUGACCUCCUAGGGUCUGGAGCCUAUAAAACUGUGUAUCGAGGACUUGACAAUGAUCAGGGCUGUGAAGUUGCCUGGAACAGUAUCAGUCUCAAAAACCUCCCUGUCGAAGACAGAACCCAGAUCGCUGAAGAAGUUAAAUUAAAUCGGAGACUUAACCAUCCUAACAUCGUUCAUUUUAUAUCAGCAUGAACAAAUCCGAACAAAGAAGAGCUUGUUUUUAUUUCUGAGCUCGUUACGGGAGGCUCUCUCAGGCAAUAUUUGAAGAAAAUAAAAUUCCCACGUUUGAAGGUGAUAAAAAGCUGGUGCAAAGGAAUUCUUUUAGGUCUCCAAUAUCUGCACUCACAGAAGCCUUAUCCGAUAAUACAUAGAGAUUUGAAAUGUGACAAUAUUUUUAUCAUGUCCAACACUGGAGACGUAAAAAUUGGGGAUUUUGGGCUGUCAACAAUAAUGAGAAGUAAAUUACAGACUUCAGUCUUGGGAACUCCAGAAUAUAUGGCGCCUGAGGUGUAUGAAGGGAGCUAUGAUACGAAAGUUGAUAUUUUUUCGUUUGGGAUGUGUAUUACAGAGAUGUGCACACUUUCUGCUCCUUAUAAAGAAUGCAAAACUCCAGCAGCAGUUUAUCGAAGAGUUAUGUCAAGAAUUCUGCCUGAGUCUUUGAAGACAAUUCAAGACGAAGAAGUUCAGAAAUUUAUUGCGUUGUGUUUGGAGAUUGCAAGCAAGAGACCGUCUGCAGAUGAGCUACUAAAUAACUCAUUUUUGACUAUUGAUGAAGAAGACCUAAAAAUACAUAAAAAAUGGCGAACUAAGCACAUCAUACUUCUUGGCGCAAUUUUCUCAACCUUAUGGCCAAGCCGAACUGGGCGAGAAGCCUUCCGAGAUUCCGUCUGAUGUAGUUUUAUGUACAUUGGGUUAUUUUUGUCUUACUACACCUCCAUGAGCGAACAAAGCCAUUGGAAAAAUCCCUAAUUUUAGAACAAAAAAUUUUUUAUAUAUAAGUGAUAAUUAUUAUAAUGAAAUCUCUAACUAAUUGAGUUUAUUUUAAAACAGCUUCAAUUUUACAAAUUAAAUUAAUAUUUGCUUUAAAAUUUUGAAUAGGGAUAUUUAAAUUUUAAAAAAAUUGCUAUAAAAUUUAUAUAAAUUUUUUUUUAAAAAAUGAACAAAUUUUUUGUUCACUCAUAGGAUGUGGGAGUUAGUUUUGGUGGUUAGAAAGAGAUACCUAGCAACGUUCUUGGGGCCCGAAGGUGGAUCUCACCGCGCUACCAGGGCUUUCAGCCUUGGUCCGAGGAUCAAACCUUUUUCCUAUCUGCUGAGGGUAGACACCCAUCAGUCGUUAGACUUCAAACUUUCUCUCUAAUUAAGCUGCUUCCCAAAUCGCCCAAUCAGAGGUCGAACAGCAAGAGGCAAGGAAGAGGCACUCUCAGCGCGCAACACUUGGGUGUAAGGAUCCUUGGUGGUUGCGUAACUAAUACUUCCAUGCUCACAAGUAAUUUAAGAUAAAGAAGACCCAAGGGUGCAUCAAGCGGUUCCACUGGCUAAUGAAAACGAAGAAACUUCGCAGAGCCAAAAUAAUUGUUUGGCAAGUGCAGCAAAUGAGCUUGAAAAAGACCUAAUUGAAAGCUCCUUGAUCAUCAAAGACAACAGAGGCGCUCUAAGACAAGUAACUUUUCAGUUUGACUUAAACUCAGAUACCCCCGAGACAGUAGCAGAAGAAAUGGUCAGAGAUCUUGCUCUUGAUCCUGCAUUAGUGAUUCCAAUUGCUAACGAAAUUGAAAUCCUUGUAUUUUCAAACUCAAAAAAUAUAUGCCUAGAAUGCUAUCAUAAAGAAAAAAACUGCAAUGAAAAAUCUGAAGAUUUUUGCAUUCACACUAAUAAUAACAGAGCUCCGAUAUACAGCACCAGGAAAGUCUCAAUUUCAGCGCCAGAAGAAGCCGAAAUAAAUAAUGACUCUAUCGAAAAUGUGCAAAUUGAGCACUCAUUGGAAGAUUUAUUGUUAUUAGACAAUACAACUUUUAAUAUUCCAAAUAAGGAAUUACCACAAAUUAAUGAAGAAAUACAAUACCCAUUCAGAGGGGUUAUCAGGAAAAGAACAACCCAAGGCAAUGAUAAAGAAAAUGUGAUCCAAUUACAACAGGCACUUUCUGCUGUUCUCAGGACAAGAGUGAAAGUUAAUGGUUUUUAUGGACAAAAAUGUGAAAACAUUGUGAAAAAAUUCCAAGACAGAGAAGGAUUUGAACCAGACGGAAUAGUGUCCGAAGAACUUUGGAAUAAAUUAAUGGUUGAAUAUAGUAAAGUAUGUGAAGAAGAUUCAGAUUGAAAUUUUAGUUAA